AUGGCCAGACUACAGGCAUCCCCGCUACAUCCGACAGUCGCCAAGCAACCUUCCACUUCCGAUCCCCUGGAUUGCCAAAACCCACGUCAGACGGAGCCAGAUCUGCUCUACCUCAAUAUCCUAAAUGACGCCGUGAAAGAACCGACAGAAUCCAGCCGACUCCCCAGCGCUUCUAGUACCCCCUACCGCCCAGGCCCGGAAGAUAGUUUUACUACUCGGAACUGUCUAUGGACUAAGCUACCCCAAUUAGACGACGUUGACAUUGACUAUCUUGUCAAGAAGGGUGUCUUUGAUCUACCUCUUCCGCGCUACUUAGAUGCCCUUGUCAAGACAUACUUUGACCAUGUCUACCCCUUUGCUCCUGUGAUCAACAGAGCUGAAUUCAUUCGCCGUUAUCAAUCCGGCGACUGCUCGUUGUUCCUGCUCCGCGUCAUAUUGACACCAGCCAGUCUCUAUGCUCCAGCAGAUGUCUUGUCCGCGUGUGGCUUUGCCAGCCGCUCGGUCGCGCAAGAGUCAUUCUUCUCCAAGGCCAAGCUACUCUACGACUUUGGCGCCGAAGACGACUCCUUGUUGUUGCUGCAGGGAUCCAUCAUCUUGUGCACGGUGAUUCUCGACCACCCCACCAAUUGGGACUUCGGCUUCUGGUUCCAUAACGCGAUCCGCCUUGCCACCAAGCUUGACCUACGCAACACAUGUGUUCGAGAAGAUAAACCCCGCAAAAUCUUGAAGUUGUAUAGAAGGAUCUGGUGGGGUCUCUAUUUUUUGGACAUUUUCCACGUCUUUAUCAAUACCAGACGCUCCCGACUACUCGAAAACACCUCGGCGAUCAAGCCUCGGACGGAGGAUGACUGGGAAGCGGAGGAUAUCCCAGCAGUAUCAUCCGGCUUGCUCCCGGCGGUGACGCCCCAGCAAAAGGCCUCCCCUAUUGUCCACUGCGAGUUGUCUCGAAUAUUCGGACAGUGUUUGUCCCUUGUGACAAACAAGCCAGAGCAGGACCCACGCCAAAUGAUGCACCCACUCGAUGUAUGGCGCAAGUCUCUCGCUGCCAAGAUGCACAUAGGUGGGAAUACUGGAACUGACGUCUACUAUCUGAAUAUACAAGCCAUGAGCUACAGGUUUGAGUGCAUCUUGUGUCGUCUGAUACGUCGCUGUUGGCAGCAGUCCCAACACGCGGACUGGAGCGAGUGGGCCAAACAGCGGCUUCGGUCCGCUAUUCUGGAGUUGGACACAAUUGCCAUGAGGGUGUUGGCUAGUGGUACGCUUCACGAGUUUCCCAUGUCUUUCGUAACCACAAUAACUGCGCUGCUCGCUCUUCACAUCGAAUCGGCCCUCGACCCAGCCGAGACAGAGCUCGUCCGUUCCAUGGCUCGGAUCUCCAUCAACCAGACCAUGCUCAUCCUGGUACAGGGAAAAGAAAUACCCGCCCUCAGAAGAGCGCUGCCGGUGUUCGAGGAGAUUCUGGCCAAGAAAAAUCUGUACUUGGUUCCGCUCAAAAUGCUCGACCAAGUCCCUGUGCAGUCGCAGUCCCAAGACAACAGCAUGCCGAAUGCGUCCACUUGCCCGCAUGCACAGGUCAGUGUAGCUUCGUCUCAGCUGGAGCAGGGUGAGGAUGGUCCGUCGUUCGUUCCGGAUUUCUUGGAGUUUGAUUUCCUGGAUGAGUGGCAGAUUGGGCAAUCGGAUUUUACGAGUCGAUAUUGA